AUGGGAGGAGCUGAUAGCGAUACCAUCAAGUUGCAGAACCUCCGUAAGGUCUAUCGAAGAGGAGUCACAGUGGCAGUACAGGGGUUGUCAUUCGGUCUCAAACAGGGCGAGUGCUUCGGCUUCUUGGGCAUUAAUGGCGCGGGCAAGACAACUACGAUGAAGAUGCUCACGGGUGACAUCGUGCCCACGUCUGGCAACGCCACAUUGAGUGGCUACGACAUCUUGACGCAACAAGUGCAAGUGCGACGCCAGAUCGGCUACUGCCCGCAGAACGACGCACUCAUCGACUUGCUGACUGUACGAGAACAUCUCGAGUUGUUCGCGAAGAUCAAAGGUGUCCCCAACUCCGACUUGGACCUGGUAGUGCGUGAGAAGAUGGAACAACUGAACUUGACGGCGUUCGAAGACAAACUGGCUGGUAGUCUGAGUGGCGGCAACAAGCGCAAGUUGUCUGUGGCUAUCGCGAUGAUCGGGUCGCCCCGGAUUUUGUUCCUGGACGAGCCAUCCACAGGUAUGAUGGACCCGGUUUCGAGACGAUUUAUGUGGGACGUAAUCUCGGAGAUCUCGACGUACAAUAAGGAGUCGACGGUGGUGCUGACCACACAUAGUAUGGAGGAGUGUGAGGCGCUUGUACAGCACUUGAAGAACCGGUUUGGUGACGGACUCAUGUUUGACGCCAAGCUACAGACGCCCACUGCAGAAUCCGUGACUGAACUGGUGCUGCGUCACUGUGACGCGGUGGACUCUCGUAUCGAAGAAGGAGAACUAGCAGAGACUUGUCGCUUGUUUGGCAACGCGACGUGGACGCAGAAGGUCGUCAACACUCAUCCGACAGGACACACGAUCGCUAACCUGAUCAAGCGUGAUGGAUACGUCUUGGCGAAUAGCUUCGCGGCGUGGUGGAUCACGGAGACGCGGUUCGAGAAUGUGUUGGCGUUCUUGCAAGAGAACUUCGGGUCGGUUGAGCUACUGGAGCGUCAGCACGACUCGUGCUGGUUCAAGAUCCACGACCAAUCCGCAGACGCUAAUAGUCUACGACUGUCGAAUGUGUUUGAACUGGUGGAGAACGCCAAGUCUCGCUUGUCUAUCCGCGAGUACAGCGUCUCGCAGACCACAUUGGAACAGAUCUUCAACGCGUUCGCAAGUCAGCAGGACGUGGACGAACCGGUCCUCACCACGCCUACAAACAGCCCCAGCAACUCUGGAGACAGAAGACCUGGGUGGGUUUCACGUACCCUGCAUCGUUAG